CGCUGGCGGAAAAGGAGCCAGGGCGCGAUAAGCGUUUGGGCUCGUCUCCCCUUCCAAAAACAAAGAUGUCUACCGGCGGCCCAAUGUUACACUUUUGCGAGACGAACGGCUGCACAGCUGAGGCCAAGUUACAGUGUCCGACAUGCAUCAAAUUAGGAAUACAGGGUUCAUUCUUUUGCUCACAGAGUUGUUUCAAGGGCUCUUGGGAAUCACAUAAAUUACUACACAAGAAGACUAGAGCUUCAGACUCUCCAUCACAGUACAAUCCAUGGCCAUUUUAUAUGUUUACGGGUAAUUUACGGCCCUUUCCUAGGAGCGCUAAGCGUGAGGUUCCAGCUAGUAUAGGUCGACCAGAUUAUGCAGAUGACCCACAUGGGUUUCCCCAUUCUGAACAGAAACUCAGAGGGUCCACUAACAUUAAGUGCCUUUCCGAUGAGGAGAUCGAGGGAAUGAGAGUAGCUUGCAAGUUAGCCAGAGAAGUCUUAGACGAAGGUGUCAAAGCCACAGAUGUUGGUGUUACAACAGAUGAAAUAGACCGCAUAAUACACGAGGCAGCAAUAGAGAGGGAGUGUUAUCCAUCACCAUUAAAUUAUCAUGGUUUCCCAAAGUCUUGUUGUACUUCAAUAAAUGAGGUCAUAUGCCAUGGGAUUCCAGAUAUGAGACCACUACAAAAUGGCGAUAUAUGCAAUAUUGAUGUCACUGUAUAUCACAGAGAAUACCAUGGCGAUUUGAAUGAAACUUUAUUUAUAGGCGAGGUUAGCAGUAUAGCCAAGAAUUUGGUCAAAACCACUUGGGAAUGUUUACAAAAAUCCAUUGAAAUAGUGAAACCCGGAGUAAAAUAUCGAGACAUAGGAGCUGUGAUCCAGAAACAUGCCCAUGCCCAGGGUUUCUCUGUGGUGCGGUCAUAUUGCGGCCAUGGAAUCCACAAGCUGUUUCAUACUGCACCUUCUGUUCCUCAUUAUGCAAAAAAUAAGGCUGUUGGUAUCAUGAAACCUGGACAUACUUUCACCAUUGAACCUAUGAUUUCGGAAGGCACUUGGAAAGACGAACAGUGGCCUGAUAACUGGACUGCUGUGACAACUGACGGGAAGCUUUCGGCACAGUUCGAGGAGACUUUGCUUGUCACCGACACGGGAGUCGAAGUCCUCACACGACGCAGAGAGAAGAAUGGCCAGCCGUAUUUUAUGGACUGAGGGUAGUGUCCCAAAGAGCAGCUUUUAGCCUGCGAAUGCAUCACCUUGCACAUUGCACCACAGAGAGGAGACCAAAUGUUAUCAGUUGUGGAAGAAUUUCACACUUCAUUUAUGAGGGGUUACCAUCUUUUUACAUUUUUACUGUAUAUCCCUUGAUUGUGGAAGCCAGCGAAUCACAGCAUUUCAUCUGGAUCCCAUAGGUUUUUAGUUUCUUUAAUAUAUUUGAUUUUUCUCUUCUGUACUGACGACCACCAAGGGAGAUCUAGAAAUGGGAUCAAGAUGCAGCCUUUUCUUUUUUUGUUUUAUUUCAGAUCAGCUGAAUGUUGAAUAAUUAUCAUUUCAUUUUCUUGGGGUAAAAGUGAUAAAGGAUUAUUUAAAUUAUAAUAUUCAAUUUGAAAGUGUGUGUUUACAGAAAAUGAAUUCUAAUUUUGCUAUUGUAGAAAGCGCACGUACGGGGACACGGCAGUGAUGUAAAAAACAAACUUCCUUGGAAAUAUGUGCUCAUAUUUAAAGACGAAGGAAUUAUUCGAGUUUUGUAUUCUAACAGUGAAUGACUUGAAAUGAGAGUUAGUAAAGGGUACCAGCUGUGGCCUGGAGCCAUGGCAGCUGAUAGUCAGGGAAUGAAAUGCUGUGCAAUAAUUUAAUGACCACCAUUUGUAUUAAAGGUGACAGGAGUUGCGGAGGAACAUGAAACUCUCCAUUACCAUUUUACACUAUUGUUAGUGUGAUAUUGUUUUAGGUGAGGUAAAGGUGAUGCAAUGUAAUUUUGGAGUAAUUGUCACUACAGUAUUGCUAAGUUAGAUGAAAUUCAGCAUUGACCAUAAUAAUUAUUUCCAAGAUGUCCAACAUUGGGAAGAACUUUAUGCUUUCAAAGAAUAUAUUUUUAUCAGUGGGUAAAAUGUAAUAAGGUUCUUUUAAUAUUUUUAAAUUCUGUUUUAUUCAUCAUGAAAGGUUUGGUAGUUAACUUCAUUAUCACCCUCAAUUUGGUGCACUUUCUUUGCAUAAUGACGAGUUCCCUUUAAAGUUAGUUGUCACGUUCCAGAUCACUUUAUAUUUUUAGCAAGGGAAGUUGCUAUAUAUUGUAUUUAGGUUAGAUUGGCCAGUGGGAAAAUUUGAGUUCGUUUAUCCACAAUUAUAAAACAGUGAGCCAGAUUUACUCCACAUAUUUAUCUGUAAAGCUACUAGUAUUAUUUACCCCACGAUCAUGAAAUGUAUUGUUCGCAGUCAGCUAACUUUGCAAGGCUGAUUUUAGAUACUAUUCCAUUGUACUCCAGAAAUGAAACCUUUCUUUUAUGUGAUACUCUUAUAACUUGUUUUUUGUUCCCCUAUUGUAGUAAUUGUUUGGAAUGCCUGGUUCUGUUUCAGAACAUGUAAGAGGAAGAAAACCAUUUGUACUCCUUCAGAUAUAACUCAAUGAACCUAUUUUGCAUAAAAAAAAGAAUUUGUAAGCAUUUCCCAGUUCAUGUAAAAUUUGUUCCUUGUUGUAUUGUAUGAAAUAAUGCCCUUAUUUAAAUAUAUUGUUUGAAUACCA